CAGUAUAGAAGGGGCCUUGGCCCAGUGUUCGCCUCCUAAUUAAAUCCUGGUUGGCACGUGAUCAUCAGGCCAAGCUGCUGACUCACAAGUGCAUUUUCCCUCCUAACUCACUAAACUUUACUCCCUUCCCCUCUUGUCUCAUGCACUGCAGUUUUUUUUAUUAAAAAAAACAUUAUAUUAACAACAGGAGUUGAAGAGAAUGACGACCCACGUCGCGGUGUCAGAGCGCUUGUGCCUUCAGCCUUUGUCCGUCGAGGAACAUCUCGAAGGCUACCUCGCACUAAAUUCAGACGAGAGAGUUUCUCGCUGGUCGUGAGUGUCCUUUCUCCUCCACUCUUCCUCUCCUCCAACUCAAUUCUCAAUCCCUGUCCAUUCCCCUUUAAUCUAUUUUAUCAAGGAACCUCUGCUCACAUUACUCAAGGCACCGUCCCGCAACAAAAGAUCUAGACGACGCUGAAAUGCUCAUGUUGACCCGUCUCCCCUCGGCUGAGAACCCAUUCAUGGAGAACUACGCCAUUAUUUUGAAAAGCGUCGCUGAGGGCAUGGAGGCGGGAGAGUGUGGCGGGAUGAUUGGUGUUAUUGGGAUCCCGAGACUUUCGCAUGAUGGGCUAGCUGCAGAGGUAGGAUAUGCGAUUUUGCCGGAUUUCUGGGGGAUGGGAUAUGCUUCUGAAGCUUUGAUCCUCUUCGUACGGCAUUAUUUUAAUAGUGAGAGUAAGUCCUUGCUCAUAUUUCCAAUUUCUCGUCUGUCUGCCUUCCUGUCUUUCAUUCGUCGUUCGUUUGCAGUUGCUGCGAGAGAGGAGUUAAAGAUAGGGGUUCGCAGCUAAUGAUCGCAAAGGAGAAUUCCAGAAAGAAUCUCUCGUAGCGGAAACAGAGCCCGAAAACACACCUAGCGAAAGGGUACUAGAAAAAGCUGGGUUUAUCAGGGGAGAGCUUGUGCGUGGCGCUUUUGAAGUUGUGGAUCCGGAAACGGGGGGGAAAUCAAUAUGCGACGCGGUUCCUCGGAGGUUCGACGGGCAGAUGGUGAAAGAACACUGAAUAUUUUGGAAUAUCGAAUAAAGACGUGGUAUUGGGAUAGUGACAAAGACCUUCCCGUCCAGGGAGGGAGUGAGUUUGCUCAGGGAGGUGGUCACGUGGUCUGACUCACCGGCCAUGGAUAGGCCAGAUUGAAAUGCAUGCUACAUCUUGCAUGUAAUACGCCUUUCAAUCUCCA